UUGUAAUGGCCACAGAUAAAGCUCAAAGGUCAAUUUUUGUUGGAAAUAUCCCCUAUGAUGUCACAGAGGCUAAAUUAAGAGAGAUAUUUUCCAAAGUUGGACCAAUUACGACUUUCCGCUUGGUAUUCGACAAGGAAACUGGGAAACCCAAAGGAUAUGGAUUUUGUGAAUACAUUGACACAGAAACUGCUCAAAGUGCCCUUAGAAACCUGGCAAAUUCGGAUAUAAACGGAAGACCUCUUCGAAUUGGUCCUGCAACAGGAGAACAACACGUGAUUCCUCAACCAGAGAUCACAGUUCCCCAACCUGUGACAACAACUGUCCCACAAUCAGUAAAAUAAUGUUAUAUAUAGUAGAAUGUGCCCUCUACUGAUUGGUCUGACCCCAUAAAAGUGCCUCAAUUAAUCGGAAAUGCUAUCAGUUCGAUGCCUCCGGAGAGUUUGGGGGAGAUUUUGAGAAGUGUAAAGGUUUUUUGGAUGUGGUCACUUCCAGUAUUUUGCAGUGACAAAUCCUGGAGAAGCCAGACUGAUGUUGGUUGGAAAUCCUUGUUUGGCCUAUGCUCUCGUACAGGCAAUGAUUGUGACGAGGGCAGUCGAUGUUCGGACUGUUCCUGUUUGUACUGUUUUUUGAGAUUUAGUCGCUUUUUCACCGUCCUUUGCAGGAACCAUUCGCCCCGCCUGCAUAUUUGUCUCCCACCCCACCCAAGGAUGUCCCCGUAGACUACUCUUAUUAUCCAGAACCAUACCAUCCGGAGGAAAUGGGGAAAUAUCGUGAUCAUAGUAAUCUUGCCAAACGUAGGCCUAAUAAGCCUAUUUUUU